AUACGUCUCCCUCCUAAUUUUCUCCUUCAUAUCGUGUUUAUGGCAGGAGAAUCUGUUUAUGAUGUUCGACUUGGUGCUUCUUAAUUUGUUUUCUUUACGUGGUUUCUUAUAUGGAUGCAACUUAGGUCUUAUCGAUUGUUUUUGUUCAUGUAUGAACUCGAGUGGAAUUGGUGAUGUUUGUAGGUCUAAUUCAGUGUCGUAUACCAUUCUGAUGACAUUCUUUUGGUUACACGCGAAUAACUUAGGUUUUUAGGCGAUUGUUGUUUAUCCAGAUUGCCAAAAACUUUACAGGCAUGACCUAUUAAUGUCUUAAUGUAUGAACUCAAGUGGAAUUCGUGCUUUUUGCAGGCUUAAUUCACUGUCUUAUCUCUUAUGCCAUUCAGAUGACAUUCUUCUGGUUACACGCGAAUAACUUGGGUUUUGAGCGAUUGUUGUUUAUCCAGAAUGCCAAAAGCUUUACAAGCAUGACCCUAAUCAUCUCUUAAUGAGAUAGCGGGUUGAAGAAGGAUAAGCACUAUUUCUGUAAUUCAUGUUUACACACAUCAACUUCGUGAUUAUGUCCACUCAGCGAUUAGAUUUCAACCACCAGUGAAAACAGUUGAGGAUAAUUGUAUAAUCUUGAAGGUUGCUCAGAUACUGGCGAAAUUUAGGUCUCAGGUGAACAAGAGGAGAUAUGAGUAGGAAAGGUGUGAGAUGGGAUGAAGCAAAUCUGGGAGAAAUUGAAGCAAAUAAACCUGUAAGGCAAAAAAUUACCGAACCAAAGACUCCAUAUCAUCCUAUGGUUGAUGUUGAUGGAUCUUUGUCUCCAAUACGGGGUUCUGAGGGUGAUAGUAGCGUGCAUGCUGAAGCAAUUCGGUCUGCAUUGAAUGAUGUGGCAUCGUCUUCUAGUAGUAGCAAUAAUUUGCGACGUUCUGGGUGGACAUCAUCGGAGGAUGAAGCAGAUUACAUGGAUCAUGAUGACGAAGAUUCUGAAACGGGGAAAAGCAGCGCUUGGUUUAGAGAGCAGAGACGUGCUCACUAUGAUGAGUUCCGUAAAGUGAAAGAAAUGCAGCAGAGGAAAAGGGGUUCGUUAAAUGAAGAUGAGUCGUUGUCAUCUGAUGAGGAUGGAGGGGAGAAAAGAAAUGGGAAGUGUGGUUCUUCUUCAUCAUUGGCAACCGGUUUGGAAGACAUAGACAUUACAGAUGCUGCUGCUGCUGCUGAAAUGAGAAAAUGAGGUAGAUUUUAGAAAGAAGUAUUAUUGUGUUGGAUUAUGAUUCCGGUGCUGAUAUUUUUGCAUGAUACAAAGGUCUCUUGUAAAUAAGCAUCUUCAUAUGCCAAACUCAAUCAUUUUUCCCACCUUCCUAUUUUUAUUAUUGUUUAAAC